AGGGCUAUUAACAUGCCUCUCGGGUAUUUAUGAGCUGCAAAGGUUCAUUCAUUUUGCACAGCCAAACAAUUUGUAAACAGGAACCAACGCUUCUGCAAAUACUAGCUCAGUGUUGCAGAAGAGGCACAGAGUCACCAUUAGAUAGAGCAGAAAUGGAGCAGAAAGGAGAUCAGAUGAACCAGGACCCCUUCUCCUGUUCGAUCUGUCUGGAUCUACCGAAGGAUCCGGUGACGAUUCCCUGUGGACACAGCUACUGUAUGAACUGUAUUAUAACCCACUGGGAUGAAGAGGAAAAAAGCAACAGCUGCCCUCAGUGUGAGCAGACCUUCACAGCAAGGCCUGUUCUGGAGAAAAACACCAUGCUAGCAGCUUUAGUGGAGCAGCUGAAGAAGACUGGAGUCCAAGCUGCUGCUGCUGAUCACCGCUAUGCUGGACCUGAAGACGUGGCCUGUGAUUUCUGUACUGGGAGAAAACUGAAAGCCAUCAAGUCCUGUUUAGUCUGUCUGGCCUCUUACUGUGAGAAACACCUUCAGCCUCAUUAUGAUGUGGCUCCUUUAAAGAAACACAAGCUGGUGGAGCCGUCCAAGAACCUCCAGGAGAACAUCUGCUCUAAGCAUGAUGAGGUGAUGAAGAUGUUCUGCCGCACUGAUCAGAAGUGUAUCUGUUACCUCUGCCCCCACCUCUGGACCACUGAGGUCAAAAAACAAGACUUAUAG